ACGAAAACAACGUGAGGAGACAGGAGACUUCUUCCGAUAAAAAAAUCCACUUUAUGGCUUUAUAAAAACUCUCUCUGCGUCUUUUGGGUUUCGGAAAGGUGCACUGCUCCCUGUGAUCGUCGCAUUUUGAUCCAGCCCAGUGAAGUAUUGAAGCACAGCCGUCCUGUGACCCUGCUGCUUCAGGUCUUCCCCGCGUUGAGAGGCUGACCGGCCGGGCUGCAGGCGCCGCCGCCGCCGCUGAUCUGACCACCAUGAAGGUAUUUCGCAGUCCGGCCCGUCACGGUUAUUCCGUGGAGGUUUCCCCGUUCCUCCCGAACAGACUGGCCUGCGCCGCCUCGCAGUACUACGGGAUUACAGGCUGCGGCACGCUGCUGGUGCUCGAUCAGACGGAGAGCGAAGUCCAGCUGGUGAGAAGCUGGCAGUGGGGCGACGGCCUGUUCGACGUGGCGUGGAGCGAAGUCAACGAGCAUGUGUUGGCGGCCGGCGGCGGCGACGGCAGCCUGCAGCUGUGGGACACAGCCAAUCAGGACGCGCCGCUCAGGGUGGCCAAGGAGCACACGCAGGAGGUGUACGCGGUGGACUGGAGUCAGACCCGAGGAGAGAACCUCAUCGUCUCUGGAUCGUGGGAUCGAACCGCCAAAGUGUGGGACCCGACGCUCAGCCGGUCGCUGGCCACGCUCAGAGGUCAUGAAGGAGUGGUCUACAGCACCAUCUGGUCUCCACAUAUCCCAGGAUGCUUUGCUUCUGUCUCAGGUGACGGGACGCUCAGGGUUUGGGACGUGAAGGCCGCCGCGUGCCGAUUGGCCAUCCCGGCGCACAAGACCGAGAUCCUCAGCUGUGACUGGUGCAAAUAUGACAAGAACAUCGUGGCCACCGGCUCGGUGGACUGCAGCGUCUGUGUGUGGGACCUGAGGAACGUCCGGCAGCCUGUCAGUCAACUGCUGGGACACACAUACGCCAUCCGAAGAGUCAAAUUCUCUCCGUUCAGUCAGACUGUGUUGGCGUCCUGCUCGUACGACUUCACUGUCAGGUUCUGGGAUUACAGUAGAAAUCAGCCUCUUCUGGACACUGUGGAGCAUCACACGGAGUUUGUCUGUGGACUAGACUUCAACCUUCACAUCCCCAAUCAGGUCGUCGACUGUUCCUGGGACGAGACGGUGAAGAUCUACACACCCGCCUGCUUGACGGCUGGACUUCACGGUGCCACGCGGUGAAAAACGCAUUGAAACUCACACCGCUACACCUCUGAGGACCUUGAAACCGUCACGGUGUCGGCCGAUCACCACCGGCUGCGUCGUACGAACGGUAGAAGGUAGCCGGAGAUCUUCCACCGCUCACCUCCUGACCAGCAAUCUAACCUUUAACAAACGAAAACAGAGGAAAUAAAGACUGAAACUGCUGAAGAGAUAUGACCCGUUGUUCUUCCGAUCCAUCCAUUGGUUUCUCCUCUAAGAGUUGCUGGUUCGAUCCCCCGUGACUGUGAGCGAGGACAGGAUACACCCCAGGUUCAACAAUUAAACUCAAAAGAGAUGAUAGCUGAAUGUUCUAGAAAAAAAAAACAAUAACCAAGCUUCUCUUUGAGCUUUUUGUCAGAUUUUAGGCUUAAAUUGGACUUUAAAUUUGUAUAUUUGGAUCUUUUAUGCUCCUUUCAGUCCUCUUUAUUUGUAUUUUCUUAAUAAUAACUACAUUGAAAGUACAGAACACAUGUUAAACCUUUGCUCUUUGAACCCUGAGGAUCAGCAGUUUUCAUUAUUUAUCAUCAGAACGAUUGGAGCCAUCUGAGUUGGUACCUUGAGAGCCCGACCACAUGUUUCCCUGGAAGAGAUAAAGUGGGCCCGUGUGAGUUUCUGUGACCAAAGGUCAGGCCGUUCCCCGGUGCUCUCACCAGCAGGAGGAACUUAUGAAUGCAGUCAGUGUGAGAGCUGGAUCUUUAGGUUGUGAUGCCUUCAGGACUCGGCUUAUCUCGUCGGUUUUGUUCACUGAAUCAUUCGGGUUUUUUUUUUGCGUCUGACGCGAUGCGUUCACUGCACACGUGAAUCAGCGUGUUUUACAGUGAGUGUAACAUUCAUGUAAUCAGAUGCGUUUCUCCGUUAUCUCCGUGACAUUCACUUCAUCUUGAAUGGAAAUGUCAGCUGUGACUAAUUUUAGUUGUUUUUAAAUGUCAUCAGUGUAAAUGUACUGGUCAAUGGUGAUGAUGACGACGAUGAUGAAGAUGCAGUGCCUUUAAUAAAAGCAGUAAAUAUCACUGUUACACUGUACUGUACUCUACUUUUGGCCCCGAGCACAAAGUCCUGCCUCCAAAUAAACAAAGAUUUGUUUAAAAAAAUUCCAAAUAUUUACAGUGAAUUAAAAUCGAGAUCGUUUUAUGAUCACAAUUCAAUUUUAUUGAUCUGUUAGCAACACAGAUACAGUAAAAGAACAGACAUGUUAACUACAACUGCAUUUAUGUAGUUUAGUUAUGAUUUACCUAAAAUUUAAAAUGAUGGAAAAAAAACAUUGAUUAUUUCAUCCAAGAUAUCAAAGUACAUGAUCUGUAAAUACAAAUUAUUUAAGCUAAAGAAACUGUUAAUUUGAUUGCUGAAAUAAAUAUUUCAGUCGAUCUCAAUUUUCAAAAUUAAAAUGAGAUGAUUUUUAUAAUAAUAAAAGUUAUUUGCUCCAGAUACAUACAAAAAAAUGUGUUUUCUUGCUGAUUAAAUGUCUCUGCUGUAUUUUUCCAUGAUUUUUUUGAAUAAUAAUAAGAC